UAAGAACGUUCAUCGUUGGUUCUCUAAGACAUCCGCCAUUUGUAGUUGUGCAGGCGAAAGGCGAACGUGAUCAAGCUAAGGAAUGGCAAAUCAUCUUGUAAGAUACGCUGCUCAGCAGACCAAGGCUAGGAUCACCCCAGCCAUUUCUCAAGUCAGAGCUGCUCACGAUCAUGCUCAUGAGCAUCAUGCAGUUGGAGACCCAGUUAAAGCUGUAAUUGGAAACCGAGAAAUUGUUGGAUUUGGCAUGAAUGGUCAGCCUAACUACAUUGAUCGUGUCGACUUCCCUCUGCCUGCUAUCCGGUACAAGGAAGUUACUCCAGACAUUCAGGUUUUGAAAGAAAAAGAGAAGGGAGACUGGAAUAAACUAACCAUUGAAGAGAAGAAAGCUUUGUACAGAGCAUCUUUUUGCCAAACCUUUGCUGAAAUUAAGGCACCAACUGGUGAGUGGAAGUCCAUUGUUGGAUAUAGCUUGAUCGCCUGUUCGCUUGCCAUGUGGAUCUACAUUUGGAUGAAGAAAUACGUAUAUGCUCCCCUUCCAAAAACUUUUGCACCCGAGUGGCAACAGGCUCAAUUAGAGCGAAUGCUUGACAUGCAGAUAGGUCCAAUCGAAGGUCUUGCUUCGAAGUACGACUACGAAAAGGGACGAUGGAAGGAGUAGAUUCAUAAAAAGUAAAUAUUGUCGGACCAUCGAAGACAUUGUACACAGUAGUUUAAACAUCCAUUAUGUAGCUGAAAGGCCAAGCUUGAUUGGAGUUAUCGGUAUGUUGGCUACUAAAAUAAAUACAUCUGUCGAAUACAUAAAGAAUGAUAUCG